UGACAGUUCCAUCUCUAGUUUUCAAGCCGAAUAUGGCGAAGUUUUCAUUAUCAAUUCGUUCAGAUAGCAAACGGAAUUAGUGAAAGGUGGUCGAUUUUAACGGAACGGAGCUAAUCCGCGGGAUUAAGUGAAAGCCCAACCGACCGGUAUAGGCGUGUUAUCCGCGAAUAGGCUAAUCAAUCCAGUGGACACGGUAUGUGGGGCCAAUGGCAAACCGCCGCCGUAGUGGCUCCAACUGCCGCUCUACCUCCGCAACCGUCGGUUCCGCCACCGCUGCCGGACGCCCCGCCCCCUCCGCCUCCGUCGGACGCGUCCGCCGGAUCUGGAGCACUCUCAUCAGGCGGGGCCUCUGCAGCCAUAGUCACUGCUGCAGCCACAGUCACAACGGCCCCCGGAUUCAACCCCUAUAGCAGCGGCCAGGCGACGGGGGCUGGCAACCCCUAUCAACAGUAUACGGCCGCCCAGUACGCGGCCAUGACACCCGAGCAGCAGUACGCCCUGCAGCACCACUGGCAACAGUGGCAGACGUACCAGGAGGAGUACGCCAAGUGGCAUGCCCAGUACGGCGAACAGUACAAGCGUGAAAUGGCAGCAGCCGCGGCCACAACUACCGCGAUUCAAGGCGUGCCCGCUCCUAUGGUAGCGACUCCUGCACCAGCACCCGUCCCUGUGGUCGCUGCUCCCGGGCCACAGGCCUAUCCUGUCGCACAUAACUAUUACCAAGGCGUCAGCGCCGCGCCGGUGCAGCCAACUACAACCGUGGCCGUCGCGGGAGUGCCGCCACUGCCCGGUAAGAUCAUGGCCCAGCCGCAGAUGUACAACCAGCCGCCGCCGCCACCACAAAAAAGCGGAUACAAUCAGCAUCCGAAUGACAUCCAAAGCAUGUGGCCAGGACCACCGCCAAUGCAGCAGCCGCCGCCAAACAGAUAUGUUGGCGGUCAAAUGAACCAGAUGAACUACAACAAUGCCGGGCCAGACAACCAGGGAUUUCCCAAUCUCCAGCAGCCGCCGCCAAAUCUGCAGAGACCAACACCGCAGCAGCAGCAGCCGCAUUCAAACAAUAUGGACCAUGGCCAGUGGGGAAAUAACAAUAAUCGUCCUCCCUGGGAUACCAGUGGUCCGCCGCCUGAUAAUACCGGGCAACCAAAUCGCUGGAAUGGUCCGCCGCCGGCAAAUGAUGUCAACAAUCGCUGGAAUGGAACGUCAUUUAACAAUAACACCAACGAUGGCAAUCGCCGCUGGGAUGGGACUUCAAAUCAAGCGCCGUCUGGCGGGGAUCAGCAACAGAAUCGUUGGAUGAGCGAACCACCGCCAAGCGUUCCGAAUCCCAAUCAGCAGCAUCAAAACCCGAAUUCCUGGAUGAGCGGACCACCACCGAGUAUAAGUGAUCCGUCACAGGACCAUCAGCAGCAAAACAAUAGCAGCCAGCCACAGAAUGCCCGCCCAAAUCGCUGGCAAGAAAUCAAUUCCGACAUCGACACACCGCCAAUGAGGACCAACAACAAGCCAAAUAGCAUCCAGAAUAGCCGCAAUAGUUGGGGAGAUGGAGGUGGAGAUGGAAACCAAAGCAAGAAUCCAUUCAUCAAGAACCCACAGUCCGAUUUUGGCAAAUAUGGCAACAGUUACAAUAACCAAGAUCAAGGUAGUGCAGGAGGAAGCAACUUUGGCGGCGGAGGUGGCGGCUUUGGAGAUGAUAGUGGAGGCAACCAAAGCCAGGACAGUUUUGCUGGACGUGGAGGAGGACCCGGUAAUAAUAAUAAUAACUUUAGUAACAAUCGCCGCCAGAACAAUCGGCGGGAUAACAAUCGUAACCAGGGAUUUUCCGAUGAGAGAGGCGGUGGGGAUUCUGGUCCAGGCGGCUACAAUCCAAAUCGUGGCAGUUACAAUCAGCGCAACAGCUUCAAUCAGUCGAAUGCGCCCUACCAGCAGUCCAAUAAUCAGUCGCAGCAGAACCGCAAUCAACAGCAACCAUCCGAUCUGGACGAGGCCAGUUUCGAUCGCCUGUUUGACCAGUGGGAGCAGCAGUUCGAAGAAUGGAAGCUCGCCAAUGCCAACCAUCCAGAUCGCGACGAGUAUCGCCGCUACGAGGAGGAGUUCGAGAAGCAGCGCCGUCGCAUCGCCGAGAGAAGGGAGCAGAUGCGCCGACGUCGCCAGCUGCAGAUGGGUGGUUCGGCAGGAGGCUCGACCACAGAAAAACAGAAGGAAGCAGCCGCAGGUGCAUCCAUGACCGCGGAGCAGCAGCCAAAUGAGGAUCCCUUCCAAGACCAGGGACAUUUUGCUGAUCAGGGUCCUUGGCCGGAAAGUGGCUUUGGUGACCAGGGACCCGGAUCGGGUCCGAACUUCGGACACGGCAACAGACAGUCCGGAAAUGCUGGUCAUUUUGGAAAAGAGAAUCGCCCCUUCGAAAGCGCAGGAGUUCCCGCAUUCAAAGGCAACCAAGGACCACCACCGGGGAUGCACAACCAGUACGAAACCACCAAGGAAGCCAUCCAACAGACAUUGGACAAGCAGCCAGAGGAAUCCAAACAGGGAAGUCUAACCAAGUCGGCGACAUCAAAUGAAAAUUCACCUGAUGCAAAGAAAGCAAAAACGACAGCUCCCCCUGUGGAUCCACCAAUUCCAUCCCUGCUGCCGCCCGAAGUCAAAGCUCCAGCUGCACCAGUAGUGCCAGAUCCGACAGUGGUUCCGCCCACGCAGCCUCCUCCGGUUUCCACCAAUUUUGGCAAGCGCCGGCAAAGCGCUGCUCCCACACAAAUACCCGCUAAGCAAGUCAAGGAGGAGGAGCCCAUAUUCACCAUUUCCCUGGACGACGACGAUGAGGAGGAAGAGGUGGUACAGGACGCGCCCGACACGCCCAUGGGCAGCAUUUUCAAGAAGAACGAUGGCAUACCCGGUCUGGAUUUGGUGGACGAUGGUAGUAACAAGAAUAAAUCGUCCUCGGUCUUCAAUGUGGUACUCAAGGAUUCAGGAGAUCCAAAAGCGCCUGAUGAAUCUAAAAAACAGCCGGACGACCAGUCCGCCGCCAAGAAGGGCGACGAAUCUCUAAGCAAGGCCCUCAAGGAUCCAAAUUUCAUCAACAAUCUCUCCCAGGCGGUGGCCAAUGUGCAGGGGCGCGAGCAGCGCGAUCGUCACGAGCAACGCGAGGAUCAUGAAUCGGGAACGGAUGGACGUCCAUUGUCCUUCGCCGAGUGGCAGCGCAAGAAGAACAGCGGCAACGAAAACAAGUCGCAGGAUUCCCGCGACUCGUUGAGCACCAAUAGCGGUGAGAAACCGGACAAAAAUGGCCCACCUGGUGGCUUUGGUCCCGGAAACGGACCAGGCGGACGUCCAGGUCCUGGUCCAGGUCAAAACGAUGGAUCACGCUUCGAUGUCUUUGGACCAAAUCAAGUGCCUGGAAAUAACUUCAUUGACUUGGAUAACAAUGGUCCACCUAACUUUGGACCACCGGGCAGGAACUUUGGACCCAACGGCCCAGGACCACGUGGAAACUUCGGACCCAACUUCGGGCCCAACUUUGGCCCUAGAGGGCCGUUUAUUAGACCAAAUGGUCCGGGUCCGGGUCCGAAUUUCGGACCACACUUCAGACACAAUGGCCCCAACUUUGGACCAAACUUUGGCCCCAAUUUCGGACCGCGUCCGGGUUCCCGCAACUUCGGACCUCGCGGACCCGAUGGUCCUUUCGGUCCGCGACGAGAUGACUUCGGCGGUCCGCCGUUUGGCGGUCUACGACCCCACAUGGGGCCCAAUGGACCCGGUCCCAACAUGCGCGGUUUCAACGGUGGACCAAUCAGUGAUAAUCCCUUCCGCCGCCAAGGCGGCCCACCGGGUCCGGGUUUUGGCGACGAUGAUCUGGGCGCAGGACCGCCGAGAGGACCCAGAAACUUCGGCAACCGCUUUGGAAAUCCAGGCGGAGGUGGAGGAGGCGGAAACAGCAAUCGGAAGAACUGGAAUGACGGGCCGGAGCAGCAGAAGCAGCAACAGUUCCAUGGCCGCCCGAACCACGAUGAUGCCAUUUAUCGACCGUUGAAGGUAUUCGACUAUUCCAAUAACCCAACUGCCGCCAAGGUGAUCGAUUAUGGCCACAAGUCGGGUGAUGGCAACCCCAUCGAUGGGCCAUCCGGUCCCAAUCCCGCCGACGGAAUUCCAGAAUUUAAAGCAAUGAAGACCUUCGAGUAUGGCCACUCCUCGUUCGCGGGACCGAAUCGCUUGGGAAUGCCCGGUGUAAUGGGAGGAGAUCACAACCAGGCGAUGACAGGUGGCCGUGGUAUGGCAGCGGGACCAGGUAGACUCGGAGGAGCAGGGACCAAGCGUAAGAAUAAGAAAAAAAAUAAACAACAAAAGAACGGGGAGCUAAUGACGUUCAAUCAAAACCUACAAAUCCAAUCGAAUACGGUUGAAGAACGUAGCAUCACAAAUCCCGAACAGGGCGAUGGGCAGCAGGCCCACAAUGAAGUCCGCAACCAGAGCGAAUUCCAGGACCAGGCCGAUGGGUUCCAGGAAAAUGAAGAACGCAAUGAUCUCGAAGAUAUUUCCGAAGGUGAAGAUAACCUACAAUCUAUUGUUUUCGAUGAUGACAACGAAGAGCUGCCACCGCCGCCAUCGAUGAAAAUAUGUAAUCAGGAAUAUGCUCAGGAGCAGUACAAUCCCAUCCCUGUCACUCCGCUGCGUAGCCAGCUGGGUGGCAAUUCGGAUAAGCUGGCUGCUCCGGCGCCAGCCAUGUCACUUUUUCCCUCGGCAGCCAAUGCCAAUGAUAGACCUUCCGACCCAAUGAUGGCUCCCAAUCUGGAGAUGUCCGUGGCGACCAGUGAGAAUCGCAAUACGUUCUCAUUGGACGAAGUGCUUUUGUAUCCCGGUCGCAUAAACCGUCCCAAGCGCAUCUGUAUUAUUUUGCGCGGUCCUCCUGGCUGCGGCAAAUCGCAUGUAGCACGUCUCAUCAAGGAGAAGGAACUGCAGAUGGGCGGUGCCAAUCCGCGCAUUCUAAGCAUCGAUGAUUAUUUCCUCAUUGAAAACGACUACGAUGAGAAGUGCCCCAAAACGGGCAAGAAGAUACCCAAAAAGGAAAUUUUGUACGAGUAUGAUGACACCAUGGAAGAGGCAUACAUGCAAUGCCUUGUCAAAUCGUUCAAAAAGACACUUAGCGACAAUCUGUACGAUUUCGUAAUCGUGGAUUGCAACAAUAAUUCGCUGCGCACACUGAAUGAAUUUUAUUGCCACGCCAAAGACUCGAAUUUUGUGCCCUACAUAGUGGACCUGCACUGCGAUCUAGAGACGUGCCUUGGUAGAAACUCCCACCAGCGCACCGAGCACGAUAUCCGUGUGGUGCUGGACAACUGGUGCAACACACCGAUGCAUUACAUCAAACUGGACGUGAGCUCACUCCUCGAAAACGUCGUCGAGAUGGAAGACGUUGAAGGCAUGGCUACGGACGAUAAUGCAUGCGCCGACGUUGGCGUAACUGUGGGAGCAUCCGCGGCACUCGAGGAUGCGGCUGUCGAGGAGACAGACGACAGCAAUAGCGCCGACGCCUCCAACUAUUGCGGCUUCCUGAAAAGCAAAUGGGAAUGCGACACCACCGAGGAUGAUCUAGCCCGCUUGGAUGGCACCAAGCGUCUGAUGCAGAACCGCAGGACCACCAGCAUGGCGGACUAUCUCCAGCUGGAGGAUUGGAAACCACCCACAAACUCGGCCGAUGGCAAGAAGCGGGUGCGUUGGGCUGACAUCGAGGAAAAGCGCUCGCAGGAGAAGAUGCGAGCCAUCGGCUUUGUGGUGGGUCAGACCGACUGGAACCGCAUGAUGGAUCCGAAUGCCGGCAGUCGGGCUUUGAAUAAAACCAAGUUUAUCGAGCGCGUCAAGCGUCGCUAGAUGUCAAUUGCAAACACGCCACAAAUUCCGAAUUACAAAAAGCUAACAAAAUGAAAACAAAAACUCGCAGCAUUUCCACUCACCAAAAACAGAAACACAGAGCAUUUCCACACACACACACAUCGACGCCGAUCGGGCGACAACAAUGGGCUGAAUGAGCCCGAAUUACAUGUCAUCAUCUGGCAUCUAAAUGCAAUCAGUAUAAUUUUGAAAUAAUCAGUCAUUCUUACGGCUGCAUUUAGAAAAACGAAUUCAAUUGCGUUGAACGACACGAACAGACGCGUUUGAAACCGUAUUAUCAUGUUAUACAUAUGAAUGUAUUUUAAUUGUAAAUUGUAUCAAACGCUAUUAAACCGAAUAAGACAUCC